AUCGACAGACGCACAUGCCUCCUCUACCCACCCCUCCCACCCCUCAGGAUGGCAAGAGAGAGAGAGAGAGAGUGGUAGGUCUAUCUAUUUGUUUGCCUAUGCGGUCGAUUUAUUGUGUCUUGGAGGUCAUGUAGUCCUUGAGGACGGUGAGUGCCGUCUUGAUGGUCUCCUGGCUGGCGGACGAGUAGGCGAAACGGACAUAGUGGUCCUGAAGGAAGGAGCCAACACACAAGCACAGCACAGCAGAGACCGAUGCGAUGCAGCCCUGUUUGCUGGGUGUGGUAUUGUGUUGUGUCUUGUUGUGUUGUGUUGUUGUGCUUACGGUGUCGAAGGACUGUGCCUCUCCGAAGUGUUCGCGUGUGCAGAACGACACGCCGGUCUCGGCGAGGAUGGAGCGGCGGAAGUCCUCGAUGUUCUUGAAUCCCAACAUGUCCAUCGCCUAAGCACACACACACACAUCCAUGCAUCCAUCCAUCCAAGUAUGCCUCUCUCUCUCUCUCCGUCCGUCUAUCCCUCCCUGAAUCUCACCUUGGUGACCUUAACGCAGAGGUAGAAAGUGGAUGGCGGCGUGAAGCAGCUGAAGCCCGGCACCUCAUUGACCAGCUUGACGAGCAGGUCGCGGCGGUCCUUGAGCUCAGCGAGCAUGUCAAAGAGGAACUGGUCGGUCUGCUUGCGCUUCUCGAGGCACUCGACCGAGGCGUGCUGGAGGAAGUGGCUGGUGCACGCUUCCAUGUUGGUGUUGAGCUUCGUGAUCUGGUCUAUCACCUCCUUCGGACCGAUCGCCGCACCCACACGCCACCUGACACACGACAUGUCACAUGAAUGAAUGAAGCACACACACAGACACAGGGACAGAGGGUGAGCUGCAUACAGCACUCUCGGCACUGAGUGCCUCACUGACCCGGUCAUGGCGUAGUUUUUGCUGAAGGUGUAGAGGAUGACGGUGCGGUCCUGCAUGCCCGGGAGGGAUGCGAUGGAUCUGUGCUCGAACUUGGCAUCGUCGUAGACGAUGUCGAAGUAGGGCUCGUCCGACAAGACCCACAGGUCGUGCUGGAUGCACAGGUCAGCCAACGCCUGCAUCUCCUCAGGGGAACUGACAGACAUCGACCAUUACCACACACACACACACACAGCAUACCGAACACACAAUCAAUGCACCCAUGGUGUGUGUGUGUGUCACCUGAGUGCGCCCAUGGGGUUAGAGGGGUUGUUGUAGAUGAGGACCUUGGUCUUGGGAGUGAUGAGGGACCUGAUCUGGUCGAUGUCAAUCUUGAACUCGCUACCGGUGUCGAUGUAGGUGUAGGCCUUGGGCACACCACCGUGGUAGUCUAUCAGCGACUCGUAGAUCGGGUAACCAGGCGAAGGAUACAACACCUGACACACACACAGAUAGACAGACAGACAGACAGACAACAAAUGCAGUCAGUGUCGGGGUGCGUUGUGUUGUGUGAUUGAUCUGAUCUGAAGAGUGUGGGUAGGUAUACCUCCUCGCCAUCCUCGACGACGGAGAGCAGGAACUUGCCAAUGACGGGCUUGCCACCGGGCUGAACCGACACGUUCUCCAUCGUGUACUCGAUGCCGCGGUCACCGCCGAUACGCUACAGGACCACACACACAACACACAACACACCAGCACGCAUCACACGGAGUUCCCCAUGUUGUCUUGUCCGCCCUCCCUCCCUCCAUGUGUGGCUCUCCCCUCCCCGUCACUGACUGACUGACCUGUGCGAGUGCCUUUCUGAGUUCCGGAAUGCCUGCAGCAGGGCAGUAUCCGGUCUUGCCAGCAUCGAGGGACUUCUUGGCGGCAUCGAUCACAACCUGGGGAGUGCUGAAGUUCAGAUCACCGAUGUGAAACGGGUAGAUGGUCUUGCCUGAAAGACAAGACAGACACCACACAUCACGCACACAGAGGGGACACACAGCGACAAGGCCUAGUGAGACAUGACCUCAGAGCGCCCAGAUGACACCCCACAAGCCGUCAGGGCCCUCCCACGCCCUCGACGCACCCUGCUGUCUUGUCCUCCCCCUACCCACCCCGUGUCGUGUCUUCAUCACUCACCCUUGGCUUUGAGCUGCGAUGCCUCGAGUGACACGGCGUAGGCGGUCUCGGUGCCAAGCCGGUUCGUGCGCUCGGGACGGCUGUACACGGCGGGCAUGAUGGUAAACUCCGACAACAAAGAAGACAGACAAGAAUCCGAUAGGGAGCUAGUUAGCACAAAGUCGGGUAGGCAGGCAGGAUACUCACAGCAAAAUCGACAGACAGCACACACUGCUGGCUGCACAACACAACG